AAAUGUCUCUGGGAUCUGUUUGAUGACUGUAGUAGCAGUCUGCUCUUGCCUUGCAGGACUGAGGCUGAUUUGGGUCCAGUCUGGGUGAUGGCUGACGUGCUGGAGCUCAGGACGGAUGGGAACUCUCUGCUGAAAGCAGUGUGGCUUCGGCGUUUGCGCCUUACAAGGCUUCUCCUGGAAGGUGGGGCCUACAUUAAUGAAAGCAACGAUCGUGGAGAGACGCCACUCAUGGUGGCCUGCAUGUCCAAACACUCUGACCAGCAGAGUGUCAGCAAGGCUAAGCUCGUCAAGUACCUUCUGGACAACAAAGCUGACCCUAAUAUCCAAGACAAAGCUGGAAGGACAGCCCUUAUGCACGCAUGCAGCCACAGGGCAGGACAUGAGGUGGUCUCACUUCUACUGACUAAUGGGGCUGAUCCAAGCCUGGAGGACCGUCAUGCAUCUUCUGCUUUAGUCUACGCUGUCAAUGCAGAUGAUAAAGAAACCCUAAAAGUUCUCCUUGAUACCUGCAAAGCCAAAGGCAAGGAGGUCAUCAUCAUUACCACUGACAAAUCGCCAUCUGGAACCAAAACCACCAAGCAGUACCUGAAUGUUCCUCCUUCUCCAGAGUUGGAUGAGAGGACCUCAUCUGCACCUUGUGCCUCACCAUCAGAGAUAGAUCUUCAUGCAUCGCCAUCUCCCAGCAAAGAGGAGGAGCAAGACACUGUAUUCAAUUUUCAAACAAAAUUUAAGUCAGCCUCAAACACAGCAGCCAAACUUUCCAAUGGAUUUACUUCCCCCAGUAAGAAGCCCGUGAACCCCAAGAGGGCUCGUCUACCCCAGUUGAAGCGUCUACAGUCAGAGCCUUGGGGUCUGAUUGCCCCCUCAGUCUUGGUGGCUGCAAAUGAAGAGAGCAAGAGAGCCAACUCAGACGAAGAUGUUGUCGCAGGUGUCAAUGGACUGAGCCUGUCCAAAAGAGGCACUUUGUCCCGGCAUAACAGUGUGGAUGGAAAAGAUAUCUUGUUUCCGAUGGUGGGAGAUCAGACCACAAAAAUCUCGCCAACUUCAUCCCUUCCGACAUCUUCCAAAGUCUCCUAUGAGAGAUCUCUGGCACAGCACCAGCCCCUCGCACGACGUAGCACUGUCCCCACGGAGCAGGAGGGCUUUGGAGGAAACUUGGGGCCAGUUAGCCUCAGAGACACAGUGCACCGGAGGAGACUGGGGAACGAACACUACGACUCAGACUCCCAGCUGUACUCAGAUUCCAGCAUGCUAGACUCUCCGAAGGCACCUCUGGAGAGGAGGAAGCUCAAUACAUCCCCUCUUGCUAUGCUUACAGGCUCACGAGAGUCCUUGGACAGCAAUCCCAGUACCUCCUCCCCUAGCACAGCCAGAUGCAGAGCACCUGGCCUACUGGAGCGGCGCGGCUCUGGAACGCUAUUGCUGGACUAUAUAUCCCACACCCGCCCAGGUCACCUUCCCCCAUUAAAUGUCAACCCUAACCCCCCGAUUCCAGAUAUAGGGGCAAGCAGCAAACCCUCAUCCCCACUUGCAGCAGGUAUCAGACCAAUAGCGCCCAUAGCACCCAACUCACCAAAGAGAGGCAACCUCAGGACAAAUAAGAAGCUUGUGAGAAGGCACUCUAUGCAAGUGGAACAGAUGAAGCAGCUUUCAAACUUUGAAGAGCUCAACCAUCAAUCAUGA